AUGCGAUUCAGCGUCGGCGAGGUCCUUCCCGGCGCGACAAUUCUGGAUAUUAAGGCCGCGGGCAAGAACCCCGGCGACGUGGGCUUGUGGAACACCAUGGUAACUGUUGGCGGGACAACUGAGACAAGUGUCAAGGACAACUGCAACAAUCAGGAUACAUCGAAGUGCAUGGCCGCGUACAUGGUGGCGCAUCUGACGGAGUCAUCCUCUGCCUACCUCGAGAACUUCUGGGGCUGGACUGCUGACCAUAACCUCGACGGCGGAUUUUCGAAGACGAUUAUCUCGACUGGCCGUGAUGUUCUCGAAGCGACAAAGGGUACCUGGCUUACUGGUACUGGAUCCGAGCAUCACUGGCUAUACAACUACAACUUCCACUCUGCUCAGAAUGUCUAUGCCGGCCUGCUACAGGCCGAAAACCCUUACAUGCAGGGUGAUGGUGCGACGCAGACAGCGCCUGCACCCUGGACUGCGGAAUCUUCGCUCGGUGACCCCGAUUUCGCUUGUGCGGCGUGGGCGUUCUUCAAUGGUGAAUGGAAUGGAGACUAUGGUUCUCAGUGUGAUGGAUCUUGCCAAACGAAUAUGAUGCGUGUGGCUAAUAGUCCUGAGAACUUGGUCUGGUACUCGAUUGGAACUCGUAAGGCCGAUGUCAUGAUCUUGGAUGAUCAGUCCAAUCCCAGCGAGUAUAACCAUUCAUGUGGCCGGGAGGCGGUUCUCCAGGCCUACAGGCAGUUUGCUUCUUAG